AGGCCAAUGGUAUGCGCCGGAACAAAGUUUUCAGAGGAAACGCUCUCCAGGGCGUGCGUCGUAUCUAUGGCUCCCACCGGAAGCACGCCUGUGCUCUCUACGGCCGGCGCGGUUGCUAUGACGCCGGAACUCGGUGGGCCGCGGUGAGCAGCCAGGAGCCGAGCGACCCUCGGAAUCUCGCCCGAAUCUCGCUGUAGCCUCUGGGAGAAAAGUUUCCGAUCUGCUUCCUAAGGUCCGGGACUCCUCUCCGAGAAGGAAGGCGUUGCUUCCCCCCUCUUCCACAUUCCAAGUCUUUCUCGCUCCUCUCCCAGCACGGGCCCCAAACUACCUGAGAACGCCGUCCGGCUCGGCCUUUGCAGCCCCGGGCUGGAGUAAUUCGUCCUGCCGAAGGAUCCUCCCUGCCCCACGUCCCCAGUGACCUCCGCGCUGGUUUCGAGCGGGUUUAGAACCCGCGGGACGAACAUUCCUUUUCUCACUACAGCAACCGACGGAAUCCAGCCCUCGAAGGGGACGACCCGCCACCACCAAGUCCACGGAGGCACAGUUUUCCCCUCCUUGUAGUUGCCGUUUUCUUCUCUUUUUUGUCUUUGUUCGUCAUGCAGAACCUUGAAUUCCAAUGAAGCUCAGGAAGUCUGCGGUAACUCCAGCAUCGGAGAUCAUCAAAAGUCCUAAUAAAGAAAACUGAAAAUGUUGUAUCAAGAAGAUUUGUCCAAAAUAGCUCUGAGAAGCCCCAGUGAACAGAUUGCACAUGUACUGGUAGAGAGAAGUACGAUCUUGGGGAACUUGGAACUUGUGGACUCCAAGACAGAGUCUCAAAGACAAUGAGCAGUAACCUACAGAAAUAUUUUCCCCAGGAGAAAUUUGAAGAAACAUAUCAGCCUCUGCAAAGAGAGCAUCAGAAGCAUCAAGAACCUGGGCAGCAGUGUAAAAACAGUCUGAGUGAGACUCAUAAUGGAGACCUGGACAAAGAUAAAAUAUCACAAACCUGCCCCGAGCAAGGUGUGGAAGAAGUAAUGAAGAGGAUGGGGCUGGCCAAUAAGGAGAUCCAGAGGCUCACAGAUGAACUGCAAGGGAAAGAGAAAGAAGUGGAGAAGUUAGAGUCUGCACUUGAGAAGGCUCACUUAGAAAUUGAGAAACUGAAAGAAAGUCUGAUGAAACUGAAAGAAAAUGAUGCAGUUGACCUACAGAAAGCAAAAGAACAUAAUCAGAGACUGGAUGAGGAAGUUCUGGCUCUAAGAAAUCGUGUUCGGUCACUUGACUCAGAAAAAAAAGUGCUGGAAGAAGUGGUUGAAAAACUUAAAAGUGAGAUGUGUGAAUCUCCAAAGUAUAAGCAACUUAGAAGCCCUGGAAAAACAAUGGGUGAUGAACAGAGAAUGCAGUAUCUAUUGUCUGGAGAAAAGCUAAAAUACCAGCAGCAAGAUGAAGUACAACAACUUCGUCAGAAUUUGCACCGGCUUCAAAUUCUUUGCAGCUCAGCUGAAAAAGAGCUUCGGUAUGAGCGAGGAAAGAACUCAGACUUAAAGCAACAUAAUAGCUUACUGCAGGAAGAAAACAUUAAGAUGAAAAUUGAACUAAAGCAGACCCAGGAGAAAUUACUAGACAGCACAAAGAUGUAUUCUUCACUUACAGCAGAGUGGAAGCAAUGUCAGCAGAAAAUCAAGGAGCUGGAGCUGGAUGGACUUAAGCAGGCUCAGAGCAUUAAAUCACAGAGCAAUCUGCAGGAAAAGCUAGCUCAGGAGAAGCUGAAUGCUGCCGAGGCACAGGAAAGGAUUUUGGACUUGCAGCAGAAGUUAGAGCAUGCUCAGCAAGCCUAUCUCUCAGACACUUGUAUUUUGAAGAAGGAACUAGAGGAAAAGAUGAAAGAAACCAUACAAAAUGAAGCCAAGUUGCAGCAGCAGUAUCAGGAAGAACAGCAGAGGAGGAUACUCCUGGAUCAGAAUGUGAAUGAGCUACAAAAACAAGUUAAAACCCUACAGAACAAAGAGAACCAAUUGGAAUUGACCAGUUCUCAGCAACAAGCAGCCAUCCUUAAACAACUAGAAGAGACAAAAAGAGAAUAUGAACAAACUGUCAAGAGCAACCUGUUACUGUCAGAGAGGCUGACUGAGUCACAGCAGGAGAAGGAAGCCCUCUGGGAAGCACUUGGGAGGUUUUUUGAGCAACUUGGUGAGCAUGUAAGAAACAACAAUGAGAAGCAAAACCACCACAGAGCAAGGCUUCGAAAGGUGAAGGAUCAUUACACUCAUGAAGUAGAAAUACGAAAUAGGAAAAUUAAACAACUUGAAGAUGAAACUGGAAAACUGCAGCAAAAGAUUGAAAUGGAAAAGGCAUUCCAGGGCCAGAUCAUGGCCCAGAAUGAUACUCUGCUUCUAGAAAAAAGGAAGCUUCUGGAACAAGUCACAAAUCAAGAAGAACUGAUCCUCAGCAACAAAUCCAUAAUCUCUUCAACCCAGAACAAGGCAUUUUUCCUGGAUAAAGAAAAUAAACAACUGCAGGAAAAUUGUCUCCGGCUAAUGCAGCAAGUUGGCCUCUUAGAGCGUAUUAUAAGGAACAUCCAGAUUCGUAGAGGAGAGGAAACAACAAUUAGUGAUAUCCCUACAUUUGAAGCAUUCAAUAAAAUACUGUCUUUACCAAACUCCAGUUUCUCAGGAGCCGGUUUUAUAGAGUCAGUUGAAAACUUUCACGUUGAAAAACAGAAGUCAGAAGUUGCCAUGGCAAUCCAAAAGACCCUUGAGUCUCUUUCAUGUUUACAGAAUUCUGAAACUGGAUACACAAAUGUGGAUUCUUUCAAAGAAACUCACCUCAUAGAAGAAGACCAAAAAAUCAGUGGUGUCUAAAACUUUCCUGAGCGGACCUGCUAACUAAAAUAAAUCUUGGAGGUAAAGUAGAAUAUGACAUGGAGAAGUGAUUCAGUAGAUCCCCAAUGGACAUCAACUAGGAGUCUGAAAUUGCUGAUGAAUUCAUUAAACAGUUUCAAAAAGUGUAUUUCUCAA